GACCUCAUUGGCAGACUGCAGACCUUUUUGUUUUUUCUUUUUUUUUUUCUUCCAGGAAAGUAACAGCGCAAUGGACCGCUAAGGCUCUAACUCAGCAUAAAGAUCCACUCCAGAUUACUGCAGGAGUCCUUCAUCUGCCAGUCGACCUAAGCAGGUCCCUUCUUGAGCUUCAUUCAGGCAGUCAUGGUUCUCCUGUCCGUCCUCACGCCUGUCCUGGCUCUGAUCUUGUGUUUGGUUUUGGGCUUCGUGCUGGUGAAAUCUCGGUUGACAGAGGCCACAUCGACUUCAACAGAAAAAAGCAAAGGAGCCACUAAAGGAGACUUUAGGCCAUGGGUAGACCAGGACUUGCAAGAUGACACAGAAGUAGCAGCAGAAGGAGAAGAUGACUGGGUGGAUAGCACUGAAGUGGAGGACCUUGCUCACGUGCCAUACUCACCACCUCGCUACCCAGAAGAGGUGAUGCGGCAGAGAUCCGAGGACUUUUACACCCUAAUGAACCAGAGGAGAUCUGUACGAUUCAUCAGCUCUGAGCCGGUCCCACGCGAAGUCAUUGAUAAUGUGAUACUCACUGCAGGCACAGCCCCCAGUGGGGCUCACACAGAACCGUGGACGUUUGUUGUGGUGUCAGAUCAAGAGACGAAGAGUCAAAUCCGAGGCAUUGUGGAGGAGGAAGAGGAAGUCAAUUACAGACAGAGAAUGGGUGACAAAUGGGUCCACGAUUUAGCCAAAUUUAGAACCAAUUGGAUUAAGGAGUACUUAGAUGCAGCUCCAUAUCUGAUCCUCAUCUUUAAACAGACUCAUGGGAUUCUGCCAAAUGGCAAAAAGAAGACACAUUAUUACAAUGAGAUCAGCGUCUCAAUUUCAUGUGGCAUCCUUUUAGCUGCCUUACAGAAUGUGGGCCUCGUUACGGUCACAUCGACCCCUCUCAACUGUGGCCCUCAGCUCAGACUACUUCUUAAAAGGCCAGCUAAUGAGAAGUUGCUGCUGCUUCUUCCUGUGGGCUAUCCUGCCACCGAUGCCACCGUGCCAGACUUGAAACGCAAAAGUCUGAAUGACAUCAUGGUGCACAUUUGAAUACAUCAAUAUACAAAAAAAAUAAAUCAAAAUAAAAACAUUUAAAGUGAU